AUGGCGCCAGGUACGCGACCGGAUUUUAAGAUGAACCUGGAAGGCCUUGGAUCUCUUAAUCCGCCGAGUCAGGCCCGCUCCGCAAACACGUCCGCAGCUAAUUCUCCCAUCGAGCCGCCUGCGGGUUCAGGCCUACGUUAUCCGCUAGGUAACGGCCUUGGGAGUGGAGCGGCCCAGGCGGCUGCUGGUAGAACCGGAGCAGGGUCUCCGUCUAAAGAGUUCAGUAGCCGACUUUUCCCUAAGCGAGCUCGCGAAAUACAAGCGCAAGAAGGCCUUGCACCUCAGGUCUGGGGACCACCUACGACUGGAAGCGGCCACUCUACACCUCUUCGCGAGACCAUACCUGAAUCUCCAGGCAGUGAUAGCUUCCCGGGCUUUGACGCGGGUCAGACAACUGCUGGCGCUUCCAGCAGCGCAUCCGGGGCAAGUUCCACCCGCAGAGCUCGAGCUGGGACCGUGCCUUCACGCUUCCCGCCUGUUAGCUCGCUCAAUGGAUCUCAAACUUCGCUGUUACCUAAGACCAGCCGCCCUCCGUCAUCGACAAGUCCUUAUCAGUCCAACCCAUCAACACCGGCAGAGCUGCAAAACGGCAUGUCGUCCAGCCAUGCUGCGCUACUAUCGCGCUUGAGGGCUGGCUCCAUGCCACACCGGAAUGUGUUGGGUGGUGCGAAUCCGUUUGGUGCAUCCCUUUUCGCAAGCAAUUGGAUGGCAGGUCGUGAUAGGGCGAGCACAUUGCAGAGCAUCAGAUCGUCAGAUGCGCCUUCUUCACCAAGAGACUUGCCUGGGGACAACGAUGCCAGGAUACUGGACUACCUCGGUUUGGCAGACACACCACAGCAGCGCAUUGGCCAGCCUCACGGCAUUACGGUCGCAGAUCUGGCGGCGUUGAACGCGUAUGAUACCAAGGCUCUUGCCAACCGCUUCCGAUCCUUCUCCGUUAAUGCGAAGGAGAAGUAUGUAGACGGAGACGAAGACUUAAUAGACGACUACGGUGAUGCGCAGCGACUUUACAGCGGACAAUUAACUCCAAGCGCCGAAGCCGCAGCUGCCCGCGCUGCCGCUAUCCAUGAGGAGAUUCGCCAGCACAAUCUGGAAGUGCAAGCGUUUGUUAACUUCGCCAGCGCGAACAGACCGCGAGCUCGCACCGCCGGUAACGUCCUUGACUCACCGGCGUCUCGAGUCUCGCGGGCCUUCCUGCCCACACCAUCAAGGCUCGAUAACAGCAUAAGUAUCGCCGACAUUCAAAGCAACGAUGGGUCUGACUUCAAUGACCUCAGCGGAGCGGUCAAGAACAUGACACUUGACACAAAGCCAUCGUAUGAGGGUGGCUUCGACUCAACCAUGGAGCAUCCCACACGCUCACUCUGGCUGGGCAACGUCCCUUCCUCCACCACGGUCUCAUCACUGAAUGUAAUCUUUGGUUCAUUCGGCGCGAUUGAGUUUGCAAGGGUGCUUACCCACAAGAGCUGUGGUUUUGUCAACUUCGAGAACAUACAAAGCGCUAUCGCCGCAAAGGCGCAGUGCAACGGCAAGGAGAUCUUCCCAGGCUGCGGCCCAAUACGGAUCGGCUUCGCCAAAGAACAAAGCGCUUCGAACACACCUGGCGCUAACGGCGCGUAUCCUUCGCCGAGUCCAGAUCCCUUCGUGACCAAAAGAGUCGACAGCACAACUGCAAUGGCUCCGCAGCCUGUGGAUAUUAACGCCGAAACAGCAGCCGCAGCUCUCGCAACACCGGACUUACUCGAGUUGCGUGAUGAGGUGUAUCAUAUUGUGCAACAGUUUGGGGCCACGGAUGAGGACCAGGCUCGGAUUGCAGCGAUGCUUGAUGGUGCGAUGAGCUAUAACACCUACUAUCACGAGAUCCCGCCCGUUCCCGAACCGAACCACAACCGCAUGCACGACGCACCGCGGCUGCGGGAUAUUCGUAAGCGCAUUGACAACAACUCAUGCACACCUAUGGAGCUCGAGGGUAUAGCUGCAGAAAUGCUACCGGAAGUUGCUGAGCUGGCAUCGGAUUAUCUGGGCAACACUGUUGUACAGAAACUUUUCCAACACUGCUCGGAAGAGACCAAGGAGGCAAUGCUUGUGCAGAUCGCACCUCAUCUCGCCGAGAUAGGCGUACAUAAGAAUGGCACCUGGGCGGCUCAAAAGAUCAUCGAUGUGGCAAGGACGCCGCAGCAGACGCACACAAUCAUCGAAGCGUUACGACCGUAUUGUGUCAACCUGUUCCUGGACCAGUAUGGCAACUAUGUCAUUCAGUGUUGCUUACGCUUCCAAGCGCCGGCUAACGACUUUAUCUUCGAUACGAUGUUGAACCGAUUGUGGGACGUCGCACAAGGCCGCUUUGGUGCACGAGCAAUGCGAGCGUGUCUGGAAAGCCACUUUGCUACGAACGACCAGAAGCGCUUGAUGGCGGCCGCUAUCACUUUGCAUAGCGUCCAGCUUGCGACGAACUCGAACGGCGCGCUCUUGCUGACAUGGUUCCUUGAUACUUGCACUUUCCCGCGGAGACGAUCUGUACUCGCACCACGACUGAUACCACAUCUAGUGCACCUUUGCACGCACAAGGUGGCUUAUCUUACCGUGCUGAAGAUUAUCAAUCAGCGAAAUGAACCCGAAGCACGAGACAGCAUGCUUCGUGCGCUGUUCUUCGACGAGCAGACUCUCACUGACAUCAUUAGCGACCAACAGUGUGGUGCGACAUUGAUAUUCAAGGUUCUCACAACGCCUUUCCUGGAUGACACUAUUCGUCCUGAAUGCACGGAGAACGUGCGGAAUGUGCUCUUAAAGCUCAAUGUGCAGCCAUCGCAGGGCUACAAGAGGCUCAUGGAGGAGGUGGGCUUAUCGACGAGGCACGGCGGCACACCAGUCAAUCAUAACAGCAGGUCCAACUCCAAGACACGACAGAUGAACGGCCUACCCGCGCUUGAUACGACUCAGAAUGGAUACGCCAGGCCGCCGUACGCGGCAGUGACGCCUCAGCACCAGCAAAUGGAUGGCAUGAGUCCGCACCUGCAGCGGACAGCGAGCAUGGACUCAAACAGCUUCGAUGCGUACGGCAACGGUCUGAUCACGCCACAAUACACGCACAGCCCAGCCAUGUCCGUAGCCGGCAUCAGUCCGAUAAACCCACAAAUACAAUAUCAGCAAGCCAUGCUCGCACAGGCACAGGCAGCACGGAGACAGUCGCAGAACUUUUACGGCGCGCCGCAGUCGAUGGCAACACCUAUGGCGAAUGGGAUGGGGUACGGGGGUGUGCCGCCAACACCGCAGACGAUGGAUCCGUACCGGCAGAACAUGGCCGCUUCGUCAAUGCCCGAUGAUGGGCAUGAAUGGCAUGAAUGGGUACGGGCAGUAUCAGAUGCACCCAGCUGCGCAGUACUAUGCGCAAAGUCAGAUGCAUGGGCAGCAGAGGAGAGGGCGGCGCUGAGCAUUUUGUACGCUGUCGUUUCGCGACUGACACUACGCAUCUGGGCGCGGCACAACGGCUUGCGGCUGGAGUAGAUGGGUGGGAUGAGUCUUUGACAGCAUCCGACCGGAGUACCACGGCGUACUUAGGCUGAGAGACAUGACAUUGUUGGCACUGGAAUGCCGAGCGAAUUGCGUGAGGCGCUUUUGGGAACUGCAGGUGCAAAAUCAGGCGUAACGACAUGCCAUACCUGGCACUGAGAUUCUUGGGCAAUGUUCAGAGCGUGAAUUGUUCCGUUGGGCCGGACGAUGUCCAGAGGGUUAGGCCCUGUGAUAGUAACGGCUGUGUGUCAAUAUCUGUUUGUAGCAAUAGAUGAAAGAGAGCCUUUGGCAAUACAGAACCACUUGUGU